GAGCAAAGAUAAACAGAGUGAAUCCUCUGGUGCCUGUUGAACAUGUUUAAAGUUGCGUCCUGUGCGGGUGGCCGGCGGGCGCUUUUGACGGGACGUCCCGGCUGUCGGCGCCAAUGUUCGGCUGAAAUCCACCUGGCGAGCGAUGCAUCAUGUCAGAAAUCAGACUUGAGAUCCUCUCGCACAGAUAUACCAGAGAUGCCUUCUUGCAAUUUCACUCCAGAGGAAUAUAAGGGAAUGUCAAAAGCAAGAAUGAUAGAGAUCCGCAAACAGACCUGCAACCCCAUGACCAUGAAAGUCACAUACUACAAGAAACCAGUGUUCAUCCAUCAGGGCCACAUGCAGUAUCUGUGGGAUGUGGACGGGACCAGAUACCUGGAUCUAUUUGCCGGUGUGGCCACUGUCAGUGUGGGCCACUGCCACCCGAAAGUAACUGUUGCUGCUGAAAAACAGCUGAAAAAACUUUGGCAUACCACUUUCAUUUACGUCUACCCUGGUCUCCAAGAAUACUGUGAGAAACUUGCCUCCUAUCUGCCUGAUCCUCUUAAGGUGGUUUUUCUGACAAACAGCGGCUCUGAAGCAAACGACCUCGCAAUGUUUAUGGCUCGUCUCUACACUGGAAAUUUUGACAUAAUCACUUUCAGAGGAUCAUAUCAUGGUGGCAGCCCGAUGGCAAUGGGUCUGACAUCCAAUGCAGCCUAUAAAUACCCUGUUGCCAACGGUUUAGGUUGUACAAACACGAUGUGUCCGGACGUGUUCAGAGGUCCUUGGGGAGGAAGGCACUGCAGGGACUCACCUGUGCAGACUACCAGAGACUGUAGCUGUGCUCAAGGUCACUGCGCAGCAAAUGAGCAAUACAUCAGACAACUUAAAGAGACAUUAGCUACAAGCGUCCCUCCUAGAAUUGCUGCUUUCUUUGCAGAACCUAUUCAGGGAGUCGGAGGAGCUGUUCAGUACCCUAAAAACUACCUCAAGGAGGCUUUCAAACUUGUCAGAGAGAGAGGAGGGAUCUGCAUUGCUGACGAGGUUCAAACUGGAUUUGGACGAACUGGAAGCCACUUCUGGGGUUUCCAAGGACAUGAUGUCAUCCCUGACAUGGUUACAAUGGCAAAGGGCAUUGGUAAUGGAUUCCCUAUGGGAGCUGUUGUUACAACACCAGAAAUUGCUAAUUCUUUUGCCAAGGGAGUGCAUUUUAACACCUUUGGUGGAAAUCCUGUGGCCUGUGCCGUUGCUUCAGCAGUGCUUGACACAAUGAUAGAGGAUGGCACACAGAAGAACAGUCUUGAUGUGGGCACCUAUCUAAUGACAGAGCUGGCAAAACUUCGAGACAAGUAUGAAAUCAUUGGCGACGUCCGUGGAAAAGGGCUUCAGAUCGGUGUGGAAAUGGUCAAAGACAAGACCAGCAGAGAUCCACUGCCUCCUGAAGACUUCGCCGAGAUCUUUGAGGAUGUUAAAGAUAUGGGAGUCCUCAUAGGCAAAGGAGGAGUUUAUGGACAGAUCUUCCGCAUCAAACCCCCCAUGUGCAUCACGAAGGAGGAUGCAGAUUUCUUCCUGGCGGUUUUUGACAAAUCCGUCCACAACUACAUGGAGAAAAGAUGAAAGCUUGAAAAAAGGUCAGGUGACUCAGAGGGGAGCCCAGAACCACAAAAACAUACUAAAAAAGUUAAUGAUGUUUUAUCCUCAAUAAUGGCUCAAUUAUCCUCUGGUCCUUCUAAAUUUUGUAGCCAGUAAAAUGGGAACAUUUUAAAAGCUGCUGUGUUGUUGCAAGCUCUUAGUACAUUAAUUGUUCUGUACUAAAAAUGUAAAUAUAUUUUUCACUGUGACUAUAAUCUAUAUUCUGCUUUCAAUGAAGUCUUUUGUUGAAUCUGUCAUACUAAAUGUCCAGAGAGAAAUUGGCUUUGAACCGCAUUGGUGUACAAUCUUUUUUAUCGUCACAUUUUUUAUUUGUGAUCAAUUUGAUUUCUUUAGAUAACACAAUGUGCCUUUGCAUUGUCAAUAAAUGAUAUUUUAUUCAAUAAUCUAAGAUGGGUGCAAAACUCUUAUUUUGGUUGUAUCAAGAAUACAAUUCAAAUAUUGCGGCAUCACAUCCUGUGCAGACAGUUUUUGAUGAGAUUGUCAAAACGGAAUCUGAUAAAACCAGAUUCCUGUGGAAAACGUGCUUUAGUGUCUGGUUACUUGUACUGGAAAUCUUUCGGAGCAUUUAAAAUAACACCUGAAAGAUAUGCAGAAUGUGCAUCAAGCCAAUAAGUUACAUUGGAGAAGGACAAAAUUAACAGUAACCUCAUGAACACAGGGAAAAAAUGGGAGUAAACUGGAUGAAAAAUGUGAAAAAUUGGCAGUUGUUUGAUUCUAUGUGUAUGUAAACAUCAUACAGCAAUAUUCAUACAUUUACUCAUGUGACUGGUGAGACAAGUGAUGGUGAGAGUCUGAAGCCUGAAGCGACUGAUGAGUGUCAGACAGUUGAAGGAGAACAGCUGAAUUUACUGAGGGCAAAUUUUGAAUUUGAUUUAGAUUUUGUCAUUAUGCAUUAUGUAAUGUUUGUCUAUUUUGUGAAAUCCCUAUUAAACGUAAUUUUUUGAAUACCUCAUUAUUUGUAACAUGACAAAAUGUGGACAUGCCCUGUGCAUUUUACCAAUGCUCUAAAUACUGUAAUCCAUCUAUCUGGAGGGUAAAGUAGUUAGAAGUUAUGUCUUCAAAGUUAUAACUUCUAUAACUUAGAAGUUAUUUUCAUGACUUCUAGGGAAGAGAAUGAAUGUGUUUAUGAUUUGAACUUACAACUUGACAAUUUCAGUGGAGAAGAGAAUUUGCAAAUUUGUGAAAAUAUUACUACUUGUCAUUAAAUGUCUGUAUUAUGUGA